AUGUCCAACACUAUUCUUUUCAAUGAGCUGAUCAGUGUUACGUUUGGAAAAGCUAAUGCCCUGUACAGGGAGAAGAAAAUGAGAGAGAGCAAAAAGAGUCAGUACAUGGGCUUCCCCCUGUGGGAGGAGGAGCGCGGGAUCCCUCACGAGCACUAUCUUGCAUGCAGCCGGCCGGGCUGGAAGCAGAGGCUGGCCCUGAGCGCAGCGGCGGGAGCCGGCGGGGGAGCGGGGGACAGCUGUGCCCCCCGCGGGAGCAGAGCCAGCGUGGGGACCAGGAUGAGGAGGACUCCAGAGGCCUGUGACCAUGAACAGAGAACAGGCACAAGUCAGCAUCGAUGCCUUCAAGGGAGGAGCCUCCUUCUGUGUGCACUUCUUCUCAGUACUCUCCUUGGCUUCACACUGCUUAUCACCCACAUGGUGAUGCCUUGUGGCUUAGGAUCCUGUGAUGCCAAGCUGCCUCUCACACUGUUGGCCAGACUCCUGAGUUCUAGGAAUGACACCGUAGACCCCUGUGAGGAUUUCUACAAAUAUGCCUGUGGCAGCUGGGAAGGCAAACACUCAAACAGGACCACAGAAGAAUCACUAAAUGUGUUUGAUGUGCUGUUGGAAGAAAACCUGCUGAUCCUGAAAAGGCUUUUAGAGGGCCCACAGUUUGGGGGAAGAGGCUCAGCUAAGGAGAAGGCUGUCCGGUUCUAUCGCUCCUGCAUGGACACCCAACAGAUAGAAUCCCAAGGUGCUCAACCACUGAAGGAUGUCCUAAAUCAGGUUGGUGGAUGGAAUAUCACAGGUGUGGGGAAAGAAAAAGAUUUCAAUGAAACUCUUCGGACUCUCAUGGGCAAAUACAGCACCUUUCCCUUUUUCAGAGUCUCUGUGGGACCUAGUCCUUUUGACCUCAAGACCAAUAUUAUUCAGAUUGACCAUCCUGAGUUUGAGAUGCCACCUAAGAGUAAAUUCAAAGGGAAAAAUUAUCCUGAGGUUGUCCGUGUCUAUUUAUCAUAUUUGAAGAAACUGGGGAGCCUGCUUGGAGGGCCAGAGGAUGGUGCCUCUGAUUCCUUUUCCCUUACCUUGUCCUUCAUCUCCAACCUCCAGCAAGCUGUCACCCCACUGCAGGAAAGGCAGCAGAGGGGGAUGCUGUUCUUUCACACUACCAUCAGGGAGCUACAGGAGAAGGCCCCUGCCAUUGACUGGUUGUCAUGCCUCCAGGCUGUCUUCCAUCCUGUGCCCAUGAACCUCUCCCAGGCAGUGGCAGUGCAUGACAUGGAUUAUCUACAACGCAUGUCACAGCUCAUCAGCCAGUGGCAGAAGGAAAGGGUCCUUCACAUCUAUAUGAUUGUUUGUCUGGUUGGGAAUCUUUCCCCAGCCCUUGACAGUCGAUUCCAAGAUGCACGCCUGGAGCUAUCUAAGAUCCUUUAUGGGAAAAUGGGAUCUGGAAUGAUCCCAGCUGAGCACUGGAGGAAGUGCUUGACUGAUACCAGCACUUUCUUUGAGCCAGUUCUAGGGCAGAUGAUUGUGCAAGAAAUUUUCCCUCCGCAGUCCAAGAAACUUGCCGAGCGGAUGUUCUCUGAGAUCCAGGACACCCUCUGUGAGCGGCUGGCUCGGCUGGAGUGGAUGGACCAGCAGACUCAACAGCAGGCUAAAGCCUUGGUUUCCAAACUCCACGUAGAGAUUGGCUAUCCAGCUCACAUACUCCAGCCUGCCAAAGUGAACCUGGAAUACCAGAAGCUGGAGAUAAAUGAAGGCACGUUUCUCCUCAAUGUGGUGGCUUGCUUGAAAGUACUGAGGGAAAAUUCCUACUUGAAACUCCUUCAGCAUCACUCACAGGAGAUCUGGCAUGUGUCCCCCUGGAGUGUGCAUUCAUACUACUCAAUAAGGCAGCACGUGGUGGUCUUUCCUGCUGGAAUGUUCCGCAGCCCCUUUUUCCACGUGGAGUUUCCCAGUGCUGUGAACUUUGGAGCCAUUGGGGUCUUCAUGGCACAUGAACUUCUGCAUGCAUUCUAUGAUUAUGUGCUGCCUGGGGGCUGUCCCACAUGCAACAGAAGUGCACUGGAGGAGUCUAUAGGCUGCUUGGUCCAGCAGUAUGAGAGCUCUGGCUCUAAGGCCAACGGCACUUGGGCGCUGCUGGAGACCAUGGCUGACAGCGACGGGCUCGCCCUGGCCCACCAGGCCUAUAAGAAUUGGCUGAAAAAGCACAAAGAAGAGAAGGAUUUACCUAAGAUUGGACUGUCACAUGACCAGCUUUUCUACUUCAGUUUUGCUCAUGCAAUGUGUGGACACCAGGAUCCUGAGAAACUACAGUCUUCACUGGCCACAGAUCCACACAGUCCCUUGCCACUUCGUGUCUGUGGGUCUGUCAGCAACAGCCAGGACUUUGCCAAGCACUUCCAUUGUUCCAGUGGAUCCCCAAUGAACCCAGACAACAAAUGUCACAUCUGGUAG